CUCCCCACGGUCGCACUCGCGAAUGUGUUCAGCCUGUCUGAUCUUCGGUGGACGUUGAGGAGCGGGAACGGAUCGAUAGUAAUUCCAGGCUCAGUGCCGUCUCAGGCUCAUCUUGACCUCCUUCAAGCUAGAGUCAUCACGGAACCGCUGCUGGAGAUUCAUGAGUAUAUGCAACGAUGGAUCGUCAAUGAUAGCUGGACAUAUACUGCAGAUCUGAAGACAUAUACCGAUACAGUUGACCCGUCC